CGCCACGCCCUCCGUUCUCCGUGGGAGCUUGGACAUUUUGUCUAUGAAGGUAAACUGGUCCCUACUGUUCGUCACCAACAGCGACAAAGCUCCACGCUGCUGACAGGCUGGCGUGUAACCUCUCCGGACGUCAACCAGACAGACGUAAGGACGUCAAACUUUAUUAGUUUAGAGUUUAAGUAAUGAGAGAUAAACACGUCCUCCCUUCAUGCUUACUUUCAACAAAGAAGAAGUUAUGGAUAUUUGCGACGGGAAGAAGAGGAGACAGGUAAGCGGCGGCGUGCGGGGCUGCAGGCGGAGCGUGGCCGUGAAGAUGAAGCGGGAGGCGGGCAAAGUCCUCCGCUCCCUGACGGUGGAGGACAACAACCGUACGGAGCCCAUGGAGGAGGUGGAGGAGGAGGACGACGACGACGACGACGACUGCUUCUCCAUUAGCUUCCUCCGGAACGACCGGCUGGAGCCCGCCGUGGCGGUGUCUCCGCGCUACAGCCUGCUGCGGGAGGUCGGCCGGGGGAGCUACGGGGUGGUUUACGAGGCCGUGGCCCGGAAAACGGGAGCCAGGGUGGCGGUGAAGAGGCUCCAGUGCGACGCUCCGGAAAACGUGGAGCUGGCGCUGGCCGAGUUCUGGGCGCUGACGAGCCUCGAGAACCGGCACCAGAACGUGGUCCAGCUGGAGGAGUGCGUCCUGCAGAAGAAGGGCCUGGCGCAGAAGAUGAGCCAUGGGAACAAGAGGUCCAAGCAGUACCUGCGCCUGGUGGAGACCUCGCUCAAAGGGGAGCGCAUCCUGGGUCACCCAGAGGAGCCGUGCUACCUCUGGUUCGUUAUGGAGUUCUGCGAGGGCGGGGACCUCAACCAGUACAUCUUGUCCCGUCGGCCCGACCCCCAGACCAACCGGAGCUUUAUGCGCCAGUUGACGAGCGCCGUGGCAUUCCUGCACAAGAACAACAUCGUCCACCGGGACCUGAAGCCAGACAACAUCCUCAUCUCGCAGAAAUCCGGCUCGCCCGUUCUCAAAGUGGCCGACUUCGGCCUCAGUAAAGUUUGCGCGGGCCUCAACUCCAAGAACAGCGAGGAACGCCCCGCAGCGGGGGCGGGCGGCAGAGGCAGCAACCAGAACAACAUCAUCAACAUAAACAAGUUCUGGUUGUCGUCGGCUUGUGGCUCUGACUUCUACAUGGCCCCCGAGGUGUGGGAGGGCCACUACACGGCCAAGGCCGACAUCUUCGCCCUGGGCAUCAUCAUUUGGGCGAUGAUCGAGCGGAUCACCUUCAUCGACGCAGAGUCCAAGCGCGAACUGCUGGGCACCUACAUACGGCAGGGCACAGAGAUUGUACCCGUCGGGGAGGCUCUGUUGGAGAACCCCAAGAUGGUUCUCCACAUCCCUCAAAAGGCCAGGAGCUCCAUGUCUGAGGGGCUGAAGAAACUCCUCCAGGACAUGCUUGCAGUCAACCCUCAGGACCGACCGGACGCCUUCCAGCUGGAGGUGCGGAUGGGCCAAGUCACGUGUGCUGCGUGACGGCGCCCACCUUCCCAAAACCUCUCCUCAAAGAAGGGACCCCUUUCCUUCCCAGCUUUGUUUACGACAUGGACGUGGACUCCGAUGGAAACAAAAGAAACUGACAAACUGAAUUGUGAAGAAUCCACAGUCAUGACUUGAGCGGGAAGCGAUGGACCGGCCAAUGAUUCCAAAAACCUGGGAUAGGAACCGUAUGCAAAACCAGACCACAGCAGUGCACUUCAGGUCGUUCCAGGCGGAGCUGAGGACAUUUAACGGGUGGAUGAUGGAUGCGACGGCCAGGUUUAUGACAUGCGUUGUUUUAUAUUUGUCGAUGUUUGUCCCCAACAGCCCCAGAGUAGGCCUGCUCUUCCUUUAACACGUGUAAUGUGAAGGUAACGUACUGGACUGUACCAGCACCUUGAGGUCACAGCGUCACUUUGCUGAUGACGGUAUGUGAACCACACGACGCUACCAGUCUGCUGCGCCGCCCUGUACAACCCCGUGCCUUAAAGAUGAUUCACACCAAGUGCGAUUUGAUCUCGAUUUAAAAUGAUCCGGUGAGUUAAAACUCAAACGAAAAAUCACACUUAUGUCUCGCGCAGAUUUACUUUAUGCAGAAAACCCCCGCAAUUUACCAAUAGAAUAUUUGGCUUUUAGUGAUGUCACACUUUUUAGCAACAGUCCCCAAGGGGCCUCAAUAAUGUCGAGCGGGAAUGCGAUCCGCCGGUGGCCGUCCUCUCAAAAAGCUCACGUGCAUUCACGAUGCUCAAACUGAAACUGUGACUAGAAGGAAGAAAUGGUAUCCGUGUCAAAUGUACGCUCGAGUUAUGAAAGGUUAUUUCUCCAAUCUGUGGCGGGCAGAAAAAGCGUGACUGAUGUUGUAUCGAACGUGUUCGAUAGCAAUGCCACCUUUUCCAGGUAGCAGGCCGGUAUCGGCUCCACACAACACUGUGCUACUGUAACCAAACAAUGUCCUGCAAGGGAGUUUAGUUUAGUGCUCAUGUUCCUGUUGAAUCCAAAGAGCACCUGUUGAAUACAAUUGGUGUAUAUCCGUUUAGAUUGAAAUUAAUGUGUGACCAAGAAACCAUCAGCCGAUGGCUGUUAUGUUGGUAACUUUGUACUAAAUGUUUGGUUGUUGUUGUUCUUCCUUUUACAUUAAGGUUGAGUGACGUUUUAGGAGUGGAGUACAAUACAAUGUAAAGUCAAUGGGUAACCUGCAAUCCUCAUGAAGAGAUAGUGAGACAUUGAUCUGUACUCCACCUUGAGAGUUUGAAGGGUUCUGAUUGGUGUGAUAUGAACAGUGGUUAAUGGCCGUCUGAUUCGGAUUAUUUCCACAUUUGCCAUGUGGAAAUAAUCCCCACAGAGCAGCCGCAUCCUGACUGUCCCCUCGACUUCCUUCCUGUCUUUACUGAAGUGCUUCGAGCUCUCACGUCACGCUGCGUGGAACACGUUCGGUUAGUUGCUGAUCCACAUGAUGGUACUUGAAGCAACCGGGUUAGAUGCAAAGAACAAAAUGCAAAAGUUCCAAAUGCACAGAAUAAUUGAAACGAGCAGAGAGCGGUUAGAAGUAUAGCAGUGAGUCUGACAAGAAGGUUUCUGUAUGUUCUGGACCUACACAGCUCUGCUGGCCUUUACUCUCAAACACAGACCACAGUUCAGUGACUCAGCAGGUUUAAAGGGGCGGUUCACCCCAAAGUCAAAUAGGUAACAGGUCAAACUGGAUAUGGCAUUGCUGUGGUGAUAAGCUAGCUGAGGAUCUUAACAUCUGCUUCACACUGUCCACCUCCCCUGUUGUCACUGUCUUUGUUUCUCUGAGCCGUUUCAUUUAGCUCUCUUAAAACUAGUAAUGAUUCCACUUGAAAGACACUUAACACUAUGCAAAAUGUCCCACUGCCUCACCGUAAACACCGUACAGACACAAUCGUGUGGAACAUCUUUUCUCUUUUUAGUGCAUAUAUUUCCAGUGUGUACAGAAAAGUACGUUUUGUUCAAUAAGAACGGGAUUUUUGUUAUUGAAGCUGACAGGAGCCAUUCGGUGUUUGAGAAAGCAUCGUGUUUUGCUGUAAAUAUGUUUGACAACUUUUCUUGGAAUAAAAUGAUCAAAUCCUGUCUGGAUUAUAAAUGU